CCAAAGCCACACCCCGGCAGCGCCAGUAAAUACGUCCUUCCGCUUCCUCCUCUCUCUUUCUCCGACAUCGUGGUGCUGGCGUUUGGCUGAGCUGUGCCAUGUCUUCCCACAAGACUUUCAGAAUCAAGAGGUUCCUGGCCAAGAAACAAAAGCAGAAUCGGCCCAUUCCACAAUGGAUUCGGAUGAAAACUGGUAAUAAAAUCAGGUACAACUCCAAGAGGAGACAUUGGAGAAGAACCAAACUGGGUCUGUAAGGAAUCACACAUGAGAAAUGGCUCACAUUUAUGCUGUAUCCAGGUUGCCUGCAUCUUUAAAUGACUGAAAAGAUCACUACUGUCUGGACAGUUGAGCAUCUUGUGGAAUUAUUGGAAGAAUGAUUUCUCUUUUUUUUUUCCUCCUGUAAUAGCUUGGUUCAGUAAUAAAUGUGAGACCUUUGAAACUG